AUGUACUUGAUAACCUUGUUGGCCAAUAUUAGUGUUCUGUUUACCAUUAAAACAGAGAAGAGCCUCCACCAGCCCAUGUACCUCUUCCUUUCCAUGUUGUUGUUAGCAGACCUUGUCCAGUCCAGUGCUGCCGUUCCCAAGAUGCUCCUGCUCUUCUGGUUCAACCUCCAAGAGAUCUCCUUUGAGGGUUGCCUGGUUCAGAUGUUCUUCGUCCAUUCCUUCUCCAUCAUGGGCUCCUCUGUCCUCUUAGCUAUGGCCUUUGAUCGCUAUGUUGCCAUAUGCCAACCACUGAGAUAUUCUACCAUCUUAACCAACCCAUUGAUCACAAAAAUUGGAGUGUUGGUGGCCAUGAGAGGAACUCUUCUGAUAUUUCCACAUCCUUUCCUGGUUAAGAGGUUGCCAUUUUGCAAAAGCCACACGAUUGAGCAUGCAUAUUGUGAGCACAUUGCCGUGGCUAAGCUGGCCUGUGCAGACAUUGGAAUCAAUAUUGUGUAUGGGUUAGUAGUCGCUCUGCUUGUAGCUGGAGUAGAUGUAAUGGGUGUUACAGUGUCAUAUUUAAUUAUUGUAUCUACUGUCUUUAAUCUCCCAUCCCGAGAGGCCCGACACAAAUUCGGGGAGUACAUGUGUCAGCCAUGUUUGUGUCAUUCUUUUGGCUUACAUCCCAGCACUUUUUCUCCGUUGUCACUCAAAGGCUUUGGGGGCAAACCGCUUCUUCCACCCAAGUCAUCAUAUCUAGCCUAUAUCUAA